AUGCAUGUGGGUCAGAAUGCAUUAAUCGCGUGCUAUUCAUCGAGUGUACAAAUGACUGUCAUAUUGGUGACCAUUGUAGGAAUAAAAGCUGAGUAUGCUGCUGUAGAUGUAUUCAAGACGGAUUCUAAGGGAUAUGGAUUACGAACUAUAGAGCCCAUUAAAAAAAAUACAUUCAUCAUCGAAUACACCGGCGAAAUUGUCCCAAAAGAAGUCUUCUACCAGAGACAGACAGACUAUGCAAAGGAAGGAAUUGAGCAUUUUUAUUUCAUGAGUUUGACAAAUGGAGAGCUUAUCGACGCAACUAAAAAAGGAUGCAUAGCAAGAUUUAUGAACCAUUCUUGCAACCCCAACUGUUUCAUCCAGAAGUGGAUUGUCAAUAAGAGAACGCGCAUCGGAAUUUUCGCUCUUCGUGAUAUCGUAUUGGGGGAAGAGCUUACAUUUGACUAUAAUACAGAUAGAAAAGGAAUGGCAGCCCAAAAAUGCUACUGUGGCGAAGAGAAUUGCUGUGGAUACCUUGGUGGUCAAAAAGGAUCUGAUGAUGAAUCAGAUGAGGACGAAAUUGUGCCAAUUGAAGACCCAGAAGAUGUUCCCGAGUUUAUAAGAACAAUGAUUCACACACUACAUAAUCGCGAUGAAGUACUUGACAUAUUACAUCGUCUUGAGAUCACAGAUGAUAAUGCCGUUUUUAGCAAAUUCAAGCAUCUUCACGGGUUGCUUGUGCUAAAAGCGUACCUAGUUGAAUGGAGACAGGAUGAUGAGAUCGUUCUGAAAACUUUAGAGGUGUUGCCAAAACUACCGAUUUUGGCUCGAAAUACCAUAACUGAUGCUAAAAUUGAAGAGAAAAUGGAAAUAUUCAAGGAACGAACUCCACGGAUGAAAGAAUUGGUCGACGCUCUCCUGGAGAAAUGGGGAAGUCUGACCGUCUUACACAGAUGUCCAAAAAAGACUGUAAGCCAAGAUAUGAAUCCAGUCGUGACUUUUAUGAUUCGUACAGACCAUCUUCAACAGACUCGUAUCGGCCAUCAUCGAUAUCGUCCUACUCCGCAAUUAGUCGCGCGUCAUCAAAGAAGUCCAAACAAAGGUGAAAGUUCGGAUGUAGCAGCAGUAGUAACUAAUAACAAUAAAACAGCAACGUCACCAUCACAAGCAAAUCUGACUACACCACCUCAACCGCCACAGCCAACAUUGUCACUACCUGACCCCACCUCGCUACCACAAGUUCCAAAAAAUAUCAAACCAGGUUCGUUGCCGCCGAAUUGGUGCGAAGUUGUGGGGGAUGAAGGUCAAAUCUACUAUUUCAACGUGGUCACCAACAAGACGCAGUGGGAGAGGCCAGUUGUGGAGGAUCGACAGACACUAGAGGGGUAUAGUGUCGCGUCGAUCAAUGCGGUGAUCGAGCGGGUGAUGGCUUCACAGCAAGUUGCUGUGGAGCCAGAGCCACAAGGUGGGGCGAAGGAGGAACCAGCGGCUGUAAUGAACGAAGGGGAGUUUAAGGACGAGCCGCUGGAAAGGAGAGUUUACGGUGGCGGAGUUCAAAAAACACGCCAGGCGGCUGGCCCACCUGGUCGUGGACAAAGAAUUCCGCCGCCAGAAGGAGGGGGCGUACGCCGUGACCGACUCCCUUCGGUCGCGUAUCAAGAGACAAUGACCGAACUUCUUCACCACCCUACUUUUGAGCUGUCUUUACGUUUCGCAGGAACAACUGUAGGCCGUGAAAAAGUCUACAGAGCUGUGCAAUACUUUUCUCGGUUCCUCGCUUGGUAUCUUUAUCGACAAGGUUAUAGCAAGGAGACCGUGCAACGGUUUGCUAACUUGAAAAGCACCCUUACUGUGUCGCGAAAACUUAUGCGCCUUGGAAAACCACUGGAACACUUGCAAGCUGCUUCAAAGGCUAUCAAAGAUUCCGACGAGUUUACGAGGUUUACUUCUAUUGGUAGACAACUUGGCUACGCUGGCUAUUUAUUCUGGGAUACGUUUGUUUGGCUUCAUUUGUCAGGAGUCUACAGAUUCCAAGAAAUCAAAAAAAUCAAUCAAAACGCAGCUAGAUUCUGGCUAUUCGGAAUAGUUUGCUCCAUAUUCAGCGGUUUCUAUAAAUUACGACGACUUGCUUUCCAUAGCCGUAUACGUCAAAAGCUCCCGGAGACUCUUGAUGAUACUGCUACUGAAGCUAAAGGAGCCAGUGAGCGCAGACGCGUUAUCCACCAAUUAGUGCAAGACAGUCUUGAUCUUACGUUACCGGCCACCGCAUUGGGUUACCUUAAGUUCGAUGACGGAUUACUUGGCAUCAUUGGGUUCAUCACUUCGAUUAUGGGUGCUCGGAAUCAAUGGGAAAAAGUGAAAUUUGGAUCUCGUUAA